CCAAUAAUUUAAACACUAGCUAGUAAGUGUAAUAGAUAGUUGUUUGGUGUGCAAAAGUGUAUGAAAGAUCAGAAUAUGGCCAAAGAUAUAGAUAAAACCAUAUCUGUUUUUGAACUAGAACCAUUAACGCAUGUGAAGGUGAAGGAAAUCGUUCCAAAUAAAGAAAAAUCUGCAUUACAGAUUAUAGCAAUAUUAACAGGAUCACUUGGGGGAUUUACAUGUGGAAUGCUCCUUGCCUGGCCGUCACCAUUCUUACUGAAAAUAGUAGAAGAUAAAAUUAACUACAACAUAACCGAACAGCAAGCCUCAUUUUUUACAGUUUUAGAAAUUGUAGGAGUAGUGGUUCUAACACCCUUACUUAUACCCCUCGUAAAUCGCAUUGGAACAAAAAAAGCCAUAAUUUUGUCAUCGAUACCGCAUAUAGCAGUUUGGUUAAUCAAAGCUUUUGUUACUAACUUGUAUGGAUUAUAUGGUGCAAGGUUAUUGGUAGGUUGUGGUGAUGCACUAGUAUUAUCUUGUCUGCCCGUGUACAUUGGAGAAAUAGCAACCCCGAAAAUAAGAGGUCUUUGGGGCAACGCUUUCAGUUGCUUUAUAUUUACAGGUCAGUGCGUAGUCAACAUUUUAGGUGCUUAUCUUAGUGUAAAAACAACUUCCUUAAUUUCUGUGUUUAUUCCGGUCCUGCUGCUCGCAAUAUUUCCUUUUAUGCCAAAUUCUCCUUAUUUUUGCAUAGCUAAAGGUAGAUAUGAAGAAGCAAAACAAAACCUUAGAAGACUUAGACAAAAAAACGACAUUGAGGAAGAGUUCACAGCUAUGGAGGCAGCAGUUAAACGUCAGCUGUCUGAGUCUGGUUCCUGGAAAGAUUUGUUUGCCAUAAGAACAAACAGGAAAGCUUUACUUGCAGCGACUUUCUUGAGGACUUCUGUACUUUGGGGUGGUUUUUUGACAUUUGCGUCAUACACGCAAUUUAUAUUUGUAAAAUCUGGAACUAACGUUGAUCCUAAACUAUCUGCUAUAAUUUAUACAGCAGUUAAAUGUAUUAGCCAUACAUGCUCGUCUAUAUUUUCAGACAAAUUGGGUAGAAGAAAAGCUUUUAUGCUUUCCACGUUUUUAGCGGCUAUAGUGUUAAGUCUUGAAGGUGGAUUUUUUUUGGUAAGCGAUUAUCAUAAACACGUUAAUCUAGAAUUAAUACAAUGGUUUCCAUUGUUUGGUUUUGUACUAUACAUACUGUUUUGUUCGUUUGGAAUAGGCCCUGUUCCUAUUUUAAUGUUAGGCGAACUUUUUUCAUCGAGUGUCAAGUCAAAAGGCGUUGCUAUUGUUACAUCAAGUGUUGGCGUAACUGCUAUUAUAGCUAACAAUGUAUUUUAUUAUCUUUUUACCUACACAGGAUUAUUCGGCCCUUUUUUUCUAUUUGCUUCCUUUAAUUUCCUGGCUUCGUUAUUGUCAUUUUGGAUUGUUCCUGAGACAAAGGGUAAAACUUUAGAAGAAAUACAACAAAUGUUAUAAAACAGAAAUUAAACAAAAAGGUCUAGGCCUGGAUCUAGAAAAAAAGUUGAUUAAUAGCAAGCCGAAAAUUUGUUAAUAGCUUAACGGUGUCUAGUCGGACACAACUUGAUGUAUGGGAACACUGGAAGAGGGGAAGUUUUAAUUGUGGAACAGGUUAAAAAUUUGGAACGUCAUACUACGAAAACGUCCUAUGUAUUGUGUCGGACAGAACUUCCAAUUGAUUUGUUACCCUUUUCUUUAAACUCUCAUGCAAAAAUCAGACUGCUAUUUAUCACCAACAUAAUUCCUGUCAUUUGACAUGUUCCACGUGUCGGACUUAUUAAAAUGCCCAGUUGGUGAUAAAUAUUGGUCUGAUUUUUGCAUGAGAGUUUAAUGAAAGGGCAACAUAUCAAUUGGAAGUUCUGUCCGACAAAAUACAUGAAACGUUUUCGUAGUAUGACGUUCCAAAUUUUUAACCUGUUCCACAAUUAAAACUUCCCGUGUUCCAGCUUUCCCAUACAUCAAAAUGUGUCCGACUAGACACCGUUAAGCUAUUAAAAAAAUUUCAGCUAGCUAUUAAUCAACUUUUUUUUGGUACGCGUGAUCCAGGCCUAGUCGUUUUUUAAUAUAUUUUACAAAGAAGAAAAAAUAAUGAAGCAAGUUUGAAAAUAAAAAUGAAUGAAAAUUUAGUUUAUAUUGUGAGACCACUCCCUUACGAAAAAAAUUCUGAUGCGGUUUCUUUACUGAUUCCUCUUACAAAAUGUCUGUAAGUCUGUAAAGUGUGUAAAAUAUUGUUUAUAUAUAAUUUUAAAUAAAUUCCAGAGUUUAACUUU